CUGGAAGCCUGCAGCAAGUCUGCCUCCCGGUGCAUGUCUUGAUUAGAUGCUCUUGUCUCUCUAGGAAUCCCGUAAUCAAAAAAAAAAAAAUCAGAUGUACGAGUACCUAACUCAAAGAACAGGGGAAAAGGCAAGCACCUGUAAACUCUGGCUAUGCAUACGAAAAAGCUUCCGGGGAAAUUUUGAAAAGAUCUGGGGCAAGCACUCCAGUCACUUCCUGCACGCCGUCAAAUGAAAGAUUGCUCCUAGCUCAGACGUCCAGGAUGCUCUUGGCUGUACCAGUCUUUUGUGACUCUAGCCACAAAUGACUCCUAUGUGAAAGGAGCACUGGUACUUGGUUCAUCCUUGCAACAGUACAGAACAACAAGGAAGCUGACUGCGCUCAUAACUCCUCAGGUCUCAGAUCUUAUGAGGAGAGUGCUGGAAAAGGUCUUUGAUGAAGUCAUAUUGGUAAACGUCUUGGAUAGUGGGGAUUCAGCACACUUGGCAUUAAUGAAAAGACCUGAGUUAGGUGUCACACUAACAAAGCUUCACUGCUGGGAACUGACACAGUUUACGAAGUGUGUUUUCAUGGAUGCAGACACAAUGGUUUUGUCAAAUAUCGAUGAGCUUUUUGAGAGAGAGGAGCUGUCUGCAGCACCAGAUCCAGGCUGGCCUGACUGUUUUAAUUCAGGAGUUUUUGUUUACCGACCUUCUAUUGAAACAUACAAUCAGCUGUUACAGUUUGCCACAGAGAAAGGCAGCUUUGAUGGUGCAGAUCAGGGGUUAUUAAACACCUUCUUCAGCAGCUGGGCAACAACAGACAUGAGCAAACAUCUACCAUUUAUUUAUAAUUUGAGCAGCACUUCUGUAUAUUCCUACCUUCCAGCAUUUAAAGCGUUUGGUGCAAGUACUAAAGUGGUGCACUUCCUGGGAAGCACAAAGCCAUGGAACUACACAUAUGACUCCAGAACAAAAAGCAUAAAAGGCAACAUGGACGACCCUAAAAUAGUUCACCCAGAAUUCCUCAACAUGUGGUGGGAUACCUACAUAGCUGAUGUUUUACCAUUACUAGAACAGCAUGGAAUUGUUAAAGAAACUACUCCAGGUGUAAACAUGCUAUCGGGCUUGGUCUAUACUCUGGCUUUCUCUUGUGGCUUCUGUAGAGAGGCAGAGGUUACAGAGGCAGUGUCCCACUUAUCAGUAUCACCAGUAUUACCAACUGAAUCUUCAGAAGAACGCAAGGAACGGUGGGAACAGGGCCAAGCUGACUAUAUGGGAGUGGAUUCCUUUGACAACAUCAAGAAGAAACUUGACACCUACCUUCAGUAGAAAUGCCUGUCUCAAACAGUGGUGAUGCAAGGACUUGUUCCAGAACUAACAGCUAGAAAGGUAUAGAUGGUGGUCAGUUACACUUGCUAGUAGCUUGAUGAAAAACUUCUUGGCUGAAGGCCUCUGCAGUGCUACAGAUGAACACUGAGCAAAAGCUAGGAAGCAGAAUUCCUUGGGCCACCUAUUACUGCCCAAUUUCCAAUUCUCCCUACUAGAUAAAACCAGGUAUUUUCAGCUUAAAAUUUCUUCUGUUGUGAUCAAUUGGCUCAAGAUAUUCUCGAAACUGGGUUUGUUGCCUCACCUCAUUAAGGUGAUUAGCAUUGAUUCCUUUGCUUGCUGUUUUAGAUGUAAAAUCUAAUUCAUGAGAUUGCUCAUACACUGGAGUGGUAGCCGUUCUGCUUUACCAUAAAUGUAUUAAUGACACUGGGAUACAUACGGUUGUAACAGUAAUAGCACUGCUAUGCUCUUCCAGUCACAAUUGCACUGAAAUUUUGACCAGGUUCUUACGCACAGUGCCUACAGCAUGGCAGAAUGCGUUUUUCAGUUCUGUAUACUAUGGGACUAGUAAACUGAGUUUUAUCUGUUCCUUGCAAUGUUGCACUUGAUACAAAAAUAAAAAGUUGUCAUGCAUUUCUGUCUUCCCUAAACUCUUGAGCAAUUAAGGAAAAGGGAGAUCCAAAGCAGGCUAACUAAAAUAUUCAAGAGGUAUAACCCUUAAGCUUUGCUAAUGCUACUCAGGCUCCCAUUAGCAAAUGUCCAGCUUUUAGUUCUGUAAUUAUUUACAAAGUAGACAGUAAUUUGCUAGGGAGCUGUUUAGGGCCAAUCCCCUUAUUAGCUUGCCCUAAGUAUAGGAUAGAGCAGUGGAGGAAGUACCUGCUGAAGCUACUCACAUUAGUAACAUGGAGUUUGGGAAGAGGGCCUCUUUCUUUCAAGUGACUAAAGAAACAUCAUCUCUAACUUAAGCCCUGUACACUGAACUUAGUCUUACACACAGUGGUGAUACUGUUUUGGCAAAGAAAGAUUACACAGCUGCUUAAGUAACUGUACUUUCCUGAUUAGGAAAACUACUCUUUCCAUGUGUGCAAAGAGUAAAAGAAAGGGCUUUUUUGCCACACUCAGGCUACACAUACUCCAAGAUACGUGGGAAAGCAGUAAAAAUAAAGUAUGCUGAUGACAGAGAUUGGCUGAUAUCUGUACUAAGGUUCAGAUUUACCCUUUAGCCAAAAGUCUAAACAGAACAAAAGUAGUGUUCUUUGACAGCUAUACCCUGUACUAGUCCAGAAACACUAAGAAAAUAUUAUUUCAUUAUUUUCUAAUAGAGGAGGAUUUUGGCUGGAACCUAGUGAGGGGUGCUAAACUUUUAACGUAGAGAUAAAAUAAAUAAUCAACAAGCUCUCACAAUUUGCUGGUAAAGCAGAAGACAUAAUACGGGUAUGAGAGUUAGUCUGUUUUAACUUGUUUUCACUACUUAAUUGCUCUAAGAUCAGUUGGUCACCAUUUAGGAAAAAUGCUAAAAGAUGAGGUCCAAACCAAAGUAGCUUGUAGCUAUUUAAAAGUACAUAGUAUCUGAACUCCCAGUUGAAACUAGCCCUUUCCUGUAUGGGUUUUUCUUUUGCUGUGGUUUUUUUUAUUUUUAAACAGAUAAAUUUGAAGUUGUGUGAAAGUAGGAAGGAUUACUAGUUACAGUCUGUAAUGACAAAAAUAUAUCAACCAAGUACUGGAGUUCUGCAUGCUCACAGAAUACUCUAUGGAAAAUAGUAAAAUACUCUUUUAAAGACAGCUAAAAGAUUUUCCUCCUCUUGUCUGUAUUCAUACUAGAGAAUAGGCACAUUGCUUCUUUUUAAACUUAGUUGGAGAGAACCAAGAACGUGUAAAGGUAUGAGACUUAGUACCUGCUUGAAAAUUUGGUUUAGCAUGUAAGUUUUGUUACGUUAAUACAAUAAGGAGAGAUGCUGAAUCAGAUGAAAACCUGCAUGUUUUGGGUUAACAAAUAUAGCUAGUAAAGAAAGAAAAUCUGUAACAAUCAUUCUGUCCUAGCCUCUGUAACUCAUACUAUGGUCAAAUGUUUACCCACAGCCUCAGGAAAGCGAAAGGUAUGACAUCUAUACCAAAUUCUAUGCGGCUUAUUCUCAAUAAAAUGACCUUUAUGUCA